AAAUGGGCAACUAAGGCAGGAGUCACAGAACACUGAGCAUUGGGAGCUGUCCACUCCUAAGCCCCAAAUUUGAAAAUAUGUUUGUAGGGUAAGUUUUCUGAGCAGUUCUCUCUAGUGCUUAAAAGGAGGAUUUGAACUCCAUGUAGAAUGCUGAGCACCAUGUCAUCAGCUGUGGCGGGUUCCCAGGAUUACUCACAUCCUGCUGUGAAGGGCAGAUAGGAAAAUGACUCACUUCACAUACAGCAGUGCUCCUCCACCCUGACGCACAUCACCUGGGAGCUUUUAAAUACUACCGAUGCCGGGGUCUUAUGCCAGAGAUUCUGAUGGACUUGGAAUGGGGCAGAGCCUGAAGGCUGGUCUAUUCUAAAGGCUCUUCAGGGAUUUUUAAUAUGUAGCUCGGAUUGAAAAUCACUUAUGUGGACAUACAGUUUUUAUGUUUUAACAAACAUGUUUAAGGCAAACAAACUACUGGGAUGACCUUCGGAUGCAUCAUAGAACUUUGUCAGAGGCAUUUGGGAGUCCGGCGAUUUCUCCUUCUAAAGGGUGCUAGUGAAUGAGCGAUCCUGACUGAGGGCUUACUUCGCCUUAGUGUUCUCUCCUAGCCAGAAGCCUUUCUGUUUUGGAAUCAUGGAGCACAUCUUUUGGGAGCUGCAAAAAGCUCUAAGUAGAAGGGAAGAGCAUCAGGUGGUGAAGCUGAACCAGGAGGGUCUAAAAUCCAUGUGGCCUCUCAAGCGCCCUUGAGUUUCCUGAUCUCACAUUUGAGAGUGAUUCUGGGGGUCUCUUCAUCUUCCUGAUAUAUGGGGUGUACAACACAGAGGACUGCUGCACCUGGAUUACGCUCGGUUUCCUCUUCCAAUAGUCUUCAGGAAGGUUGGCAGUAAGACAAUUUUUUUUCCCCCCCAACGGUACCACUAAUUGCGGUUUCAAAGCAGGCUCCUCCCAUAUAUGCAAAGGAUAUGCGCCCAUUAUUAGUGCUUCCAAAUUCCAAGGGAUAACAUAAGCAACCUGUUUUAAUAAAUGUUGAGCAUUUGAAAUUGAAUGCUUUUUGAUAGAAUCAAAAGUGCCCUAAAUGAUCCACUUCUGAAUUUGAAUUUUGUUUCAAGAACUGGAUUGCAAAACCUAGAGUAAAGAAAGCCCCAACACUGAGUCCUCAGUUUCCCCCACCUUCUCUUUCCAGCCCCUUUCUCUGCAUCUCCCACGCCACGCUGUAGUACGGUCCCCAGUAGCUUCCCGCCCCUUUGGUUCCACCCCAGAAGCCCUCAACCACUUUCAUCUCCUUCAGUGCAGCCCACCAAUCACGCCUGUGCUCCUCGGAAGCCCCUUUUUAGUAGGCUCCAAAUCCCCGCCCCUCCUGCCCAAGCCCCCCCCGCCUCCGCCCAACCACCCCAGUGAUUGACAGGCAGGCCGGGCGGAAGCUGCGGCGCAGGCGCCCUGGCUCCUCAGAACUCCCCUCUGGCCGUAUCGAGGAGUUCCCAGCAGACACUGCGCCGCGGCUGCGCAGUACACAGGAGGCUUUUAAUUCCAUUGUGGAGAGGACGGCGUUAUUUUUAUUAACUGGAGGCGACGGCGGCUGCGGCGGCGGCGGGACCCCCAGGCCUCCUCCGGGGUAUGAAAAUCGGCAGUGGGUUCCUGAGUGGCGGCGGUGGUACCGGCAGUAGCGGUGGUAGCGGCUCCGGCGGCGGCGGUAGUGGCGGCGGCGGCGGCAGCAGCAGCGGCAGGAGGGUAGAGAUGGAACCCUCCUUUCCCCAGGGUAUGGUUAUGUUCAACCACCGGCUUCCCCCGGUCACCAGCUUCACCCGGCCGGCCGGGUCGGCCGCCCCUCCCCCGCAAUGCGUGUUAUCCUCCUCUACCUCCGCAGCCCCGGCCGCCGAGCCCCCCCCUCCGCCAGCCCCGGACAUGACUUUCAAGAAGGAGCCGGCGGCGUCAGCCGCGGCCUUCCCCUCGCAGAGGACCUCCUGGGGAUUCUUGCAGUCUUUGGUUAGCAUCAAACAGGAGAAACCCGCGGAUCCUGAGGAACAGCAGUCCCACCACCACCAUCACCACCACCACCACUAUGGGGGGCUGUUCACUGGGGCUGAAGAGAGAUCUCCAGGCCUAGGAGGCGGUGAAGGGGGGAGUCACGGCGUCAUCCAGGACCUCAGUAUUCUCCACCAGCAUGUCCAGCAGCAACCAGCCCAGCACCACCGUGAUGUAUUACUCAGCAGCAGUAGCAGGACUGAUGACCACCAUGGCAAUGAGGAGCCAAAGCAGGACACUAAUGUCAAAAAGGCAAAAAGGCCAAAGCCAGAAUCUCAGGGAAUCAAAGCCAAGAGGAAGCCAAGUGCAUCUUCCAAACCUUCUUUGGUUGGAGAUGGAGAAGGUGCCAUCCUCUCCCCAAGUCAGAAACCUCAUAUCUGUGAUCACUGUAGUGCUGCUUUUCGAAGCUCCUAUCACCUGCGGAGACAUGUCCUCAUUCAUACAGGAGAAAGACCUUUCCAGUGCAGCCAGUGUAGUAUGGGUUUCAUUCAGAAAUACCUACUGCAGAGACAUGAGAAAAUUCACAGUAGAGAGAAGCCAUUUGGGUGUGAUCAGUGCAGCAUGAAGUUUAUUCAGAAGUACCAUAUGGAGAGACACAAGAGGACACAUAGUGGAGAAAAGCCAUAUAAGUGUGACACUUGCCAACAGUAUUUUUCAAGGACUGAUAGAUUGUUGAAGCACAGGCGCACCUGUGGUGAGGUCAUAGUUAAAGGAGCCACUAGUGCAGAACCUGGGUCAUCAAACCAUAACAAUCUGGGUAACCUGGCUGUGUUGUCUCAGGGAAAUACAAGUUCUUCUAGGAGAAAAACGAAGUCAAAAAACAUAGCUAUUGAAAAUAAGGAACAGAAGACCGGUAAAACAAAUGAAUCACAAAUUUCAAAUAAUAUAAGCAUGCAGAGUUACUCUGUAGAGAUGCCUACUGUGUCUUCCAGUGGAGGCAUAAUUGGCACUGGAAUAGAUGAACUGCAGAAAAGGGUGCCAAAAUUGAUCUUUAAGAAAGGAAGCAGAAAGAAUACAGAUAAAAACUACCUUAAUUUUGUGUCACCAUUACCAGACAUAGUUGGACAGAAAUCCUUGUCUGGAAAACCAAGUGGCUCACUUGGCAUAGUAUCGAAUAAUAGUGUGGAGACCAUUGGUCUUCUCCAAAGUACAAGUGGCAAACAAGGUCAAAUAAGUAGUAAUUAUGAUGAUGCCAUGCAGUUUUCAAAGAAAAGAAGAUAUUUACCAACUGCCAGCAGCAACAGUGCCUUUUCUAUAAACGUAGGACACAUGGUCUCCCAACAGUCUGUCAUUCAGUCUGCAGGUGUCAGUGUUUUGGACAGUGAGGCACCGUUGUCACUUAUUGACUCCUCAGCUCUAAAUGCUGAAAUUAAGUCUUGUCAUGACAAGUCUGGAAUUCCUGAUGAGGUUUUACAAAGUAUUUUGGAUCAAUACUCCAACAAAUCAGAGAGCCAGAAAGAGGAUCCUUUCAAUAUUACAGAACCACGAGUGGAUUUACACACCUCAGGAGAACACUCAGAAUUGGUUCAAGAAGAAAAUUUGAGCCCAGGCACCCAAACACCUUCAAAUGAUAAAGCAAGCAUGUUGCAAGAAUACUCCAAAUACCUCCAACAGGCUUUUGAAAAAUCCACUAAUGCAAGUUUUACUCUUGGACACGGUUUCCAAUUUGUCAGUUUGUCUUCACCUCUCCACAACCACACUUUGUUUCCAGAAAAACAAAUAUACACUACAUCUCCUUUGGAGUGUGGUUUCGGCCCAUCUGUUACCUCAGUGUUGCCAUCUUCAUUGCCAAAGCCUCCUUUUGGGAUGUUGUUUGGCUCGCAGCCAGGUCUUUAUUUGUCUGCUUUGGAUGCUACACAUCAGCAGUUGACACCUUCCCAGGAGCUGGAUGAUCUGAUAGAUUCUCAGAAGAACUUAGAGACUUCGUCAGCCUUCCAGUCCUCAUCUCAGAAAUUGACUAGCCAGAAGGAACAGAAAAACUUAGAGUCCUCCACAGGCUUUCAGAUUCCAUCUCAGGAGUUAGCUAGCCAGAUAGAUCCUCAGAAAGACAUAGAGCCUAGAACAACGUACCAGAUUGAGAACUUUGCACAAGCGUUUGGUUCUCAGUUUAAGUCGGGCAGCAGGGUGCCAAUGACCUUUAUCACUAACUCUAAUGGAGAAGUGGACCAUAGAGUAAGGACUUCAGUGUCAGAUUUCUCAGGGUAUACAAAUAUGAUGUCUGAUGUAAGUGAGCCAUGUAGUACAAGAGUAAAGACACCCACCAGUCAGAGUUACAGGUAAGGUCCCAAAAGUGACCAGGCUGGGGGUCUUCUAAUGUAAUUUUGUUUUAUUUUGAGAACACUGCCAUUGGAAUGUUUCUACACGAUCCUAUUAAGAAUAAUGUAAUGCCCUUUCAAUGCAACUUUUCUUAUUUAGUUUAUUUUGUUAGCGUGAUUUUAGCUGUUUGUAUUAUGAUUUUUAAUCAAAAUCAAUAGAUUAAAAAUAGUUUGACAUUCAAAGUGACAAUGUUUAGCAAUCAAAUUUACAUGUAUAGAUCGUCAGGGAAUAGCCCAAAUGUUUUAAAUGCAAAAAAAGGAAAAAAAAGAAAAAAAAAAAAAAACCCUACAAAAAAACAAAACAAAAAAAACUUUGUUGCUAGGAUUAAGGUUAUUCUAAUUGCUUUACUCUCAGGAAAGUGUAAUAACGCAUGGGAAUUCUGUACGUUAUCACUGUAAUGGAAUAUCCAAUUUACAGAUAGUAUGAUACACAUUUCAUCUUUUAAGUAAGGGAUCGAAAACAUUUCAAAUUGCUCUCUCUGGGCUGAUACACAUUUCGUCAUUUAAGUAAGGGAUCGAAAACAUUUCAAAUUGCUCUCUCUGGGCUGAUACACAUUUCGUCAUUUAAGUAAGGGAUCGAAAACAUUUCAAAUUGCUAUCUCCAUCUGGGCUGAUCCAAAAUUCUGAGAUUGUUGGCUACCUAUAUUUUCUUGCAGCUUUUAAAUGUACUCUGAACUUCCAAACCACAUUCAUUCCAGCCUGGUAGAACAAAUAUUCUUGGAUCUUUGAUCAAAGCCUGGAAUGAUAGCUUUAACAAAAGAAGGAAAAAAAAAAAGCACCCUCUCUUUAUCCCAACUGUAACAAGGCUGUAAUUCCAUUAAGCGAUUCUACUGACAUCUAGUACAGUGUUGAAGCCCAAGUGGUUAGCUGGUUCCAGUAUUAGAACCCAUAUAAUUAACUGAAAUUUGGGGUAUGCAUUAUUUAUUAUACGUGGCCUAAAAUGAUUCUUUUUUCCUGUGCUAUUACAUAUUACCUACACUUAUGUUUUUUUUUAAUUUUUGUUUUUAGCCUCUUAAGAGUUCUUGGGCCUUCCUUAUUCCCUCUUUCUAUUUUGACAGUUUUAAUUUUAGAACCAUUUACAUUCCAGUAGGUAAUUUACUAUGUGCUUUAUUAGGGCAUCCAAAUACAAAACAGUAGGGUAAGCAUCCCUCAAACCUACCUUUUUUUUUUUUUUUUUUUUUAACCCAUACAGAUUUCCAAAUAUAAUAAAACCUCAUAUUCUUGGAUAGAUAUUAAUAAGGUUAUAAAUCCAACUGGUGACAACUCCUGUGAGGGAUAAGAAUGUGUCUGCAUGUAGUAAUAACAUCAGAACCUCUUUGUGAAAUUGCGGCCUUUAAUGUACAUUUUAGCAGAAGGGUGCGUUAGUAUUGUACAGGGGUCUUGUAAAGUCAUCAAAACUUGCUAUGAAUGCUAAUUGCCAUUUGAAGCUACUGAUAGGCAGUGGCUCUACUCUAAACUGCUUUUUAGCAAUUGUAUUUUUUUCCUGAUUAUAUUUUUUAAUGUACUUUGAUGUUUAUGCUGAUGAGUUUUUUAUGUACUUUUGGUGAUGUUUCAGUCUUAUGUACUCUUCUGACGUCAGAAAAGUACCACUGGUUGUUUGCAGUCUUAUUGUGUAAUCAGCCUACCGCAGGCUUCCGUGUAUAAUAAAGUAAUUAAUAUUGUGCAAGUGUAAAACACUUCUGUUAUAAAAGCAGUGUUUGGAAAAUAAGAAAUAUUAAAAAUUGUUACAAAGUAUUAGUUAAUUUCCUUUUCCCACUUUCCUACCUUUAGCUUUAGCAGCUAAGGGGUCACCAACUUGUCAUUGCAAGAUUCUUAGAAAAUGUACUUAAUCUUCUUAAAUACACUCAGUACUAAAAAGUGUUUAUUUCUUAUUUCAGUAAGUGCGGUAAGUUCUAUUGAGUACAGAGUACAAGCUGUAAUCAAAGGAUGGAGAGGACCUUUACCACUGUAUCUCUUAAGCUGUAUGAUUUUUCUCCAGUUUGUUUUAUACAGGUUUUGAAUUUCUUUAACUUUUAUUGUGUGUAUUGAAUACUGCAUAUGUAUUAUUCUGAUUGUUUGCUCUAGUUUACUACCAAUAAAAGUCCUGUUAAUCACAAAA